AUGGACGAAGACCAAGAAAUAUGUCGAGUCUGUAGAAGCGAAUCUACACCUGAUCAUCCUCUCUAUCACCCUUGCAAAUGCUCUGGUAGUAUUCGUUUUGUGCACGAAGAUUGUUUAAUUGAAUGGUUAUCGCACAGUAGAAAAAAGUACUGUGAGCUUUGCGAGCAUCCAUACACAUUCUCACCCAUAUACAGAGAUGACAUGCCUGAAAAAGUGCCUUUUUUUGUGCUUGUAACUCAAUUGAUAUAUCGCAUGGCUUCUCUGCUGAAAUCUGCGUUCAGAGGCCUGACUGUGCUAAUUGUCUGGUUGAUCAUAUUGCCCAACUUUACAUUGUGGACCUGGAGAUUCUACUUUUGGAGCGGUGAAAAUAUUGGAUUCAACACACAUGUCAUGGAGGCAACAACAGCAGCACCAGCGACAACAAAUACAACGAUGACGGCUGCCAACACCACCUUGGCUGAGCAACAGCAACAAGCUCAGGAGGAGGCUUCCUUUUUUAUCAUGUCAUUAAAGGGCUUUCUGAGUGAUUGUUUGGAGGGGCAAAUCAUCACUGCAUUUGUCAUUAUCAUCUUUGUCGCUGCCUACCUGUUUAGAGAGUGGGUUAUGCAAAACAUGCCUGCUGAACAGCCCAACAACAACAUUGUGAUUGAGGAAAAUCUAGUGAAUCAAGUCAAUAACAAUGUCAAUGGUUUGAACAAUGACCAAAUUGUGGGCGACCAAUUUGCCAUCGAUACCUUACUGAACGCUAUGCAAGUGAUCAAUCCCCCUAACGAAAACAACAUUAAUCCCGGUGAUGAUCAAGAACAACGUAUGAGACGUCGAUUACAUCAAAUGAGAGUGGACUUGGAGAACGAAAUGGCCGAGAGAAAUCACACAGACAACCAAUCACACGCAUGGUCAUCUUCACUGAACGAUAGAGUUGUUCAUGAUGAUGAAGAUCAGUUAUUUGGCGGUGUGGAUGGUGUGGGUGUUAAUGGCAAUGAGCAGGCUUCUUCGUCAGCAUCAACAUCUGCUGCUAAUGGACACAAGGAAGCAGGUCGCUAUGAUUUGCGUAGCAACAGCCAUCGCCGUAUGAGUCAACAACACCAGCAGCACUCUGAAAUUGAAGAAGAGCAAGAAGAAGAGGGCCGGUUCCAUCGAUUCAAUCACCACACUUCGCACUUUGACCCAGAUGAAGUGAUUGCUGAAGACAGAUGGCCAUCUAUCAACCAGUUUGACGAAGAUGAAUGGGAGGAUGACAACAGUUUGCCUGAUUUGGUUGAUCGCCCAGGACACGGAUUGAACCAUGACCAAGCUAUCAUCGAGGAUUUGAGAGAGCGUUUUGGUGGGCCAAUGAAUGAUCCCAUUAUCAAUGCAUUUGAACGUGAAAUGAGAAACCGUCAACAACAGCAACAACAACAACAACAACAACAACAACAAGAGCCCGUGGAUGGUUUAGCCGCUGCUGCUGCUGCUGCUGCUGCUGCUGCUGUGGAUGAAGAUGAGCCACUGGAUGUGGGUGAUGAUAUCAACGGUGUCCUGGAGGCUAUUGGCAUGAGAGGCAAUCCUUGGAUGUUGGUGCAAAAUUCCGUCCUCAUGUCACUCAUGAUCAGUUUAUGUCUUGGUGUCGCUGUCUGGAUCCCCUAUGUGGUUGGUCGUCUUGUCAUCUUGAUCCGUCCUAUCAGUUUUAUUGAAACACCCAUCUUUGUGAUGCGAUUGAUAACUGACCCAUUGGUGGACUUUGUAUUGGAUUUGUGUAUACCUUUUGUUUGGUCUCAUAUUGGCGGUGCGGUAACAUCGCUCGUUCCUGGGAGCAUACAGACCUCGCUUAAAACGGUGCAAGAUCAACUGGCUCAGGCCCUGCAUGGUAAUAUCAACAGCACUGCCACUAGCGACACAGUGCUUUCGAAACCCGUACAUAUCAUCAAUGCCACGGUCGCCCCUUCCUCCUCUAGCACAGUGACCAAGGCCAGCGGCGCGGACAGCUUAAUGUUAAACAUGGACUGGGGAUUGAUUCAGACCAAGGUGGAGACUUAUAGCACAAUGGCGCUUGCAAGGUGGCAUCGAUUUGCCACGGGUCAAACCACGUUGGAUCGCAGCAUGUGCGUCUUUGUUGGCUAUUUGGUGCUGAUUGGCCUCGGAUCAUGGUACUUGACCCAUGGCAGCCGAAAUAGAUCCAGCCGUCGUCAUGGCGCUGGCCGCAACGCAGCAUCAGCAGGUGAAACUAUCCAGGAUUUGAUUCGUCAACAAGGCAUCUUCUUGAAGGUUCUCAUGUUUAUCUUGAUUGAACUGAUUGUAUUCCCCACUGUGUGUGGCUUCUUGCUGGAUAUGGCUACAUUGCCUCUGUUUGUAAAUGCCUCAUUCGCAUCACGUUAUGCGUUCCACUGGAAGAGUCCUUAUUCAUCUUAUUUCCUGCACUGGUUCCUGGGCACAGGCGUACUGUUCUAUUUCGCCAUCUUUAUCACAGUGUGUCGUGAAAUCAUUCGUCCUGGUGUAAUGUGGUUUAUCAGAGACCCCAACGACCCUCAGUUCCAUCCAGUGCAAGAAAUGGUGGAGAGACCUUUGCCUAAUUUGCUGCACAAAAUCAGUCAAUCUGCGCUGAUCUACUCUGUCAUGCUUGUCUUUGGUGUGGGUACAGUGACAUACUCGCUGGCUUACACGGGUGUCGUAUUUCCAUUGCGUCUUCCCUUCAACACGCCGCUAUCUACUUUGGCCAUUGACCUCCUGAUCAUCCAGUUCUUGUUACCUCCCUUGAUCGCUCUUAUCAAGCCCCGUGAUUACUCAAAGAAAGCACUUGACCUUUGGUGGCACUUUGCUUGUCGUCAGUUGCGACUGACCUCCUUUAUGUUCAAUCAGCGUAAACCGGAUGAGGAAGGUAGACAUGUUAGAAGAACGCUGAAAUCAUUCCUGUUGAUGGAAAAGGCAGACAUCCCCACCGAUGAGUUUGCUGAUGUUGCUAUUCAAGACGACAACAGCCCAGUUGUGUUUCAACGUGACGGUAUGAUGGUCAGAGUGCCCAAGUAUGACAGUGUCCCUGUGGAUCCCAAGCGUCGCAUGCUCGUGCCUGUGGAUCCUGUCACUUUAGAGGCUAUUGAUGAAGAGGAAAGAAGAAGAGGACAUCCUGCUGCUGCUGAUACAGUCGACGAAGCUCAGUCUACGAUUGUUGUCUACAUUCCUCCCAAUUUCAAGAAAAGAAUCAUCAUCUUUUUGCUCUACAUGUGGUUCUCCAUCUCUGUAUUUGCUUGCUCUGUCACCGUGCUGCCUCUCCUCACAGGCAGAAUGCUUUUCAAGUUGUAUCUCGCUCCAGGAUCCAAGGUGAACGAUUUGUACUCGUUUGCCCUUGGUAUUUACCUCAUGACAGGAUGCGCCAUUCUUGCUCACUGGGCUAAGGAGUGCUACACUACGACUCAGGUUGCUAGUCAAGAAGAGAUGAUCAAGUACGCCAAAGAAAAGGCUGGCAAGGCUCUCAAGUUCUUUUACUUUGCCAUCAUGUUUGGUAUUGUGAUGCCUCUUUUAUUCGGUAUUGCAGUGGAUCUUUUCGUAUUCAUGCCUAGACGUGAUUUUAAUGCAGAUACUGGAUUAGUCAUCUACAUCUCUCAGAAUUGGUCUUUUGGUGUUGCUUAUAUGAGCACUAUUCAUAACCUCAUCCAUGUGCUUCCCGCCAAUAUCAGAAUUCGCCAACAACUUGAUGAGAUUAUUGGUGGCAACGGUAUCAUGCUAGCCGAUGCAUGGAUUAUCACACGCACAGUGAUUGCUCCUGUGAUACUCGUUGCACUACUCGCAAUCACCAUUCCUGGCAUCACAUCCUGGGCUAUACUCCAAAUGUUGGAUCCAAAAGACCCUUCACUUCAAAUUACUGUCACAAGAUACACCUAUCCCACUAUAUUUGGUGUCUUUUUAGUUGUAUUAGCAGCAUUUUUAGUCAAGAAACUGAUUUCAAUCUGGAUGGAUACUGUGCGAGAUGAUACCUAUUUAAUAGGAAGACAAUUACAUAACAUGCAAAAUAACCUGCAAGAAGAAUCCACUACUACUGCAUCCACUAUAGACACUGCAGAAGGAGCCCAGUAA